AUGGAGUCGCCAAGCUCGAAGACCGACGACUGGCUGAGUGGUGUAGGCACAAGAGAGUCUCUCGAUACAGUCAUGGUCAACCGAGACGGGAUCAUGCCUGAAAGCGACUUCCCAAAUUUCAACGAAGCAUUUCUGAGUUCUGAGGGUGAAGACUCCUUCGUCCAGGAUUCAGCAUCCCCACUGAUUGAGGAUCUCAGUGAAAAUAGCUGGGACAGCAUAGUGUCGGAACUUGUGUACGAUCUAGUCCAAGAAUUCGUAACAGACGCAAAAGCGCAUCUCACAUGCCGGCCGCAAGGAUCCGACCAGUCAUCGUCCCACUCAGGAGCGACCGCGCUCAACACCUUGACAGGCUACGAAGCCUCAAGCGCCACGAGCUACAGUUCAUGCUCUCUAUCAAGGACUAAAUCACGCCAGAUUGAGGACGAGGACCCUGAGGACAAGAAGAGAGGCCCGAAAAGAAUGCGUUGUGAUGAGAAUGAUCCAGGGGUUGCUUCGACAGAAAAGCUUCUGGCCUGUCCAUACGCCAAGAAUGAUCCUUUCAGAUAUUCUGAACGCAACACCAAUCCAACAGAAAUGGUCUACCAUAAAUGCGCUAGUAAAAUUCUUACGAAUAUCCCUCGAUUGAAACAGCACCUUUAUCGUGUCCACAAGAGGCCCGACCACUACUGCUCAUCGUGUUUCCAAGAAUUUGACAGCGAGCAGAACCGCUCACAUCACGAGCGUGAAAGGUCCUGUCUGAUCGUUGAUUGUCCCUUUGAGGAAAAGAUGGACCCGGACCAGUGUAAAGCCGUCAAGAGACGUAAGGUUGGAGAGAAUUGCGCUGAAGCGUGGUUUUCAAUUUUCAAGACACUGUUUCCAGGGGCGCGACUUCCUGAUGACCCAUAUGUGGAAUGCACCGAGACUCUGCUGGCGGGCCGAAUUGUGAGUGAGUUCACUGCAUUUGCCGAGCAGGAGGCGCCCACGAGGCUGGCCGAGAGAAUGGCAAUCCCUCUUUUUGGCGCCGGAUACGAGUUGGAACUCCAAUGGAGACUGAACCAGGUUCUCGAGGAGUCGCUACCCCUCGUAUUGUCGGAGCUGCGCCAACAGUUUUCAAUUCUCAAUAAAGCUCAAGCUGGCACGACAGUUCGGCCGAGGAUUGCUGAUUCCGAGCGAUGA